GGAUGAGACUCGGAUAGAUUUUGAAGUUGCUCGGAGGAAAGAGACAACACGCACAAGGGCUUUUGUUGCAAUCCAAAAGCCGGAAAAUCAGUAAUGGUAAGAAGAGAGUCAAUCUUUUGAGGAAAUCAGAGCCCGAGAGGUUAAAAAAAAUAGGAAAGAAGACAGCAAAGUUCCAAGGUGACAACUGAGAAGGGGAGUCCGCUCUGACUGGAAGAGAAAAGAAAAGAAAAGAAACAGUCUGGAGGAUGGGAAGUUACAUCAAUCUACUAAAUUUUAAUAGCUGCAUUCGAGAAUAAGGUUCCCUGGAGCUUUUUCUUAAACUCUUUAAUUCGUGUUUGACCUCAGAGACAGUAGAAGACAGAACAGCCAUUGAAAAGCUGCUGAAAAGGAUCUGCUGUCCGCUCCACUGAGUCUGACUGUGAUUCCUCACUGGGGCAAUGAGAAUCUUCAACAAAGAGCUCCGUCUUCAGGACAUCACCAUCAUGUAUUUCACCGCCCUGGCCGCUCUGAUGGUCAUCCUGGUGGCUUCUUAUCAGGCUCCCCCUAACGCUGUUGAUGUGUCCAGCUUUAAACCGAGCCCCUCCAGCCCUCUCCCACCUCUCCCCAUGCCUUUCCACGUACCCCUCGACCCACGCGGGGAGCUCCAGCUGGCCUGGAACAUCAGCUACACCAACCUGGAGAUUUACAUGGAGCUGAGGACAGCAGAGCUCAGACAUGGUGUGGUGCUGGGGAUGUCCGACCGGGGCGAGCUGACCAAUGCUGAUCUGGUCGUGCUGUGGGAAUCUGGAACAAAAAGCUAUUUCGGGGAUGCCUGGAGUGACAGCGAGGGUCACGUAUCGCUGGACAGCCAACAAGACUAUGAGCUUCUUGAGGCCAAACAGAGGGCUGAUGGAUUCUACCUGCUAUUCAAAAGACCAUUCAGUACCUGCGAUCCCAGAGACUAUCUCAUAGAGGAGGGAACUGUGCACAUCAUCUAUGGAUUCCUGGAUAAACCACUUGCCUCUCUCGAGGAGCUGAACCUUUCCAGGAUCCACACAGGGGUACAGAGGGUGCUGAUGCUUCGUCCCGACAUGCCAUCACCCACCCUGCCUCCAGAUGUGGAGACACUCGAUGUUGUGUUACCAAAUGUCGUCAUACCAACCCAAGAAACCACCUACUGGUGCUUCAUUAACAAACUGCCAGACAAUCUGGCCAAGAACCACAUUGUCAUGUACGAGUCAGUGAUAACACCUGGAAACGAGGCCAUCGUCCAUCACAUCGAAGUGUUUGAAUGUGCCCCGGAUGUCAGUGAGGUUCCCCCAUACAGCGGCUCCUGCGAUGACAAAAUGAAGCCGAGGAAGCUCAACUUCUGCCGCCAUGUGCUGGCUGCGUGGGCUAUGGGGGCCGAGGCUUUUUACUAUCCUCCUGAUGCAGGGCUGGCAGUGGGUGGGCCAGGUGCUUCAAGAUUCCUUCGUCUGGAAGUCCAUUUCCACAAUCCUCUUCUUAUAUCUGGUCGACACGAUUCAUCAGGGAUACGACUGCAUUACACCCCCAGCCUGAGGCGCUAUGACGCAGGGAUCAUGGAGCUGGGCCUCGUUUACACUCCUGUCAUGGCCAUUCCACCUAAACAACAGACCUUCUACCUCAGUGGUUACUGCACAUCCAAGUGUACUCAGACUGCUUUACCUCCAGACGGGAUCUUUAUAUUCGCCUCCCAGCUCCACACUCACCUGGCAGGCCGAGGGGUGAGGACAGUUUUGGUCAGGGGAGGAAAAGAGCUGGAGAUCGUGCAGGAAGACCAGCACUUCAGUACACACUACCAGACUAUCCGAGUUCUGAGGAAAAUGGUGAAUGUUUUACCUGGGGACGUCCUCAUAACAAAAUGUACCUACAACACAGAGGACCGGAGUAAGCCCACAGUGGGAGGUUUUGGAAUCAUGGAAGAAAUGUGCGUCAACUAUGUCCACUACUACCCUCGGACACAGCUGGAGCUCUGUAAGAGCCACGUUGACCCGGGAUACCUGCAGAAGUACUUCAGCUUCAUUAACAGGUUCCACGGGAAUGAUCAGUGUGUGUGCGGCGAGGUCGAUGUAACAGAACAGUACUCUCAGCUGCACUGGGAUGACUUCACUGGGGAAGUGCUCGACUCUCUUUACAACACAGCUCCCAUCUCCAUGCACUGCAAUCAGUCCACCGCACGUCUAUUUCCAGGGGAGUGGGAGGAACAGACUAUACCGGCAGUGGCCUCCAUCCUUGAGAAACCUCGCUACCCGUGCGAAGGAGGUGCGGUCCCCAGCAGCUAACGGCGCGCAGCCUCAGCCUGGACAGAAAAACCACUGAAUGCUUCAGCCCCAGCCCAAACUCCUUGGAAAUUAAGUGAAACUCUUGGCGCCGUUGUUUUUUUUCUCUGUUAGUUGCUCAGUGGCUUCUGCUUCUUGCUGUAAUUAUAGGCUUCUAAAAAUAAAAUGAAAAAAUAAAAAAAGACAUCUACUGUCUGUGUCUUUAUCAAUGCAUGCUAAUUAAGCUAAUAACAGUCCUAGACAUGUCAUGUUUAA